GGACAUCCCAGCGUGUGGCAGAUGGAGGAGGGAGGUGGGGGUGAGGAGCCUGGUGGAAGGGGCAGACAUGUUUUUCAUCUGAACCGGUGAUAAAGUGGCGAGCAGUGGCCCCCGGAGCAGCGGACAACACAGCCAGCACAGAAAGAGUCGCGGAGACAGGAGCAGGAGGAGAACCGAGCACCGCGCAGCCUGCAGCCGCUGGAGCCAGAGCAACACAUCGGGGAGGGGAGCAGCGGGGAACCGAGUACUGCGGACGGAGCGACGUUUUAUAACCCUGCGAACAGGACUCAUUGUCUGCCGCUCUCCAGUGUGCUGAACUCCUUUCCAGACCUUCUUAUAUCAGCAGAGAUGGUUGUCACUUCUCCCACUCUGCUGUUGAUAUGCAUACACCUGGCAGCUGUCCACGGGGCCCUCUCAGAAGGGGUCUGUCUCCAGGACGGCAAGCAUAAGACCACGCCCGGUCCAGAGCCACACUUGUCUGAGUGUGGGAUGUAUGCCGACAACAACUGCUGUACUGAGGAAGACAUCCAGGAUAUUGCCUAUGUUCCUUCUGACAGCAAUAAGAAUGAACCCUGGGACAAGUGUGGCCCUCUGAGCCUUGAGUGCGAAGACUUUCUGAAGCGUGUGUCGUGUUUUUACCGCUGCUCCCCUGACGCCUCCCGCUGGCCUCAUCCUCACCGCCGCUCCUACAUCCAGGCGGUGCCACUCUGCCACAGCUUCUGUCGUGACUGGUUUGACGCCUGUAGGAUGGACAUGACAUGUGCUCGUAACUGGGCCAGAGACCCCAGAGGGCAGAACUGCACUGGAACCUGUGUUCAGUAUCAGCAGAUGUAUCAGCAUGGCAGGGAUCUCUGCGAGAGCCUCUGGGGUGAUGCCUUCAUGACGGUGGAGGAUGACCAGCAGGAAGUAGGAGAGGCAGGAGAGACUGGAGCGGAGGGUCGCCCCUGUGGCUGCCUGACCCUCAGUCCCUCGGACAAGGAUGUGAUCGCAGCCCUCCGGGCCCAGCAGGAUGACCCGGAGGAGCUGGACACCACCAAGACUAGCCUGCCUCAGUACCGGGCUCCCUGCAAGGCCAAGAUGCUGAUACAGGCCAAGAGUGGCAAGAGGGUAAACUCUGUGAUCCGCAAGCGCUCGGUGGAGAUUGAAGAUGUGGAGGGGAGUGGAAGCGGUUUGUAGAUCAGGUUCGGUGGCCGUUUAGGAAACGUUAUCUCUCUAGUUUCCAAUGCAUACAGCUUAACUCUAAAAAUAAAGGCAUAACCUUGAUCCUCUAAUAAAACUCACCACACUUACUCAGACAAAGAUAUUUAAAUCAAGAGAUUUUUGAACAACAAUCCAUCAGCAUGGUAAUAUGCCAUGUUCUACACGUGGUAAAAUAAAAACUGCAGUAAUAUCUGAAUCCAGUGUGUCACCCUUCAUUAUCGGGUUACUUCUCCUAUGAAAGUAUUAAAAACAUAAUUUACCUGCAUAUAAACCACCGUUCUGCUCUUCUGAGACAUCUACCUAACUUUAGGCUAUUCAUUACUUAUUUCUUAAAUGCAGAUCUUACUGUUGUGAUACCAUUCUGUGCAGUCUGCUGUGAAGUAGUAGAGACAGUCACUCGUAGUCAUAAUUAUGAAUCCAAUCUAAGUUUUCUUUGACAGGAAACUGGCCUGCAUGUGGGCAAAGAGUUGGGAUGUGUUUGAUACCAGAGAGGGGGUGGAAUAUUCGGAUUUCAAAACAAAGUUUCAUUGGUAGUUUCAUUACUAAUGUUCUGUUGGUGUCUCUUUUAUAAUUAUUUGUAGGGUAAAGUAAUGUUAGAUGUAUGUUUUGUAAAAAAGGAAAUCUGGUUUGUCUGGAGGAAGGUGAGCUUGUUUAAAUUUGUGUUUUUGUGUUUUUCUUGACGUUCUGAAUAAAGACAGCCAUUCUAAACGUAA